GCGUAGCGUAACAUUCCAUUGAGAAGAAGAGGGAAAGAUGGCGUCCUCUAAUAAUCCUCGCAAAUUUAGCGAAAAAAUCGCUUUGCAUAAUCAGAAACAGGCGGAAGAGACAGCCGCCUUCGAAGAAGUGAUGAAGGACCUGAACAUCACCAGAGCCGCGCGGUUGCAGUUACAGAAGACCCAGUAUUUGCAACUAGGGCAGAAUCGUGGACAGUACUAUGGAGGCUCACUGCCCAAUGUCAAUCAGAUUGGGAAUGGCAACAUUGACCUGCCUUUUCAGAACUCUGUGCUGGAUACCAGUCGGACAACCAGACACCACGGGCUGGUGGACCGCGUUUACCGCGACCGGAAUCGCAUCACAUCUCCUCACCGCCGCCCUCUGUCAGUUGACAAACACGGUCGCCAGAUUGACAGCUGUCCUUACAGCUCAGUUUACCUCUCCCCGCCGCCAGACACUAGCUGGAGAAGGACAAAUUCAGACUCCGCCUUACACCAGAGCYCCAUGAACCCGAAGCCCCAGGAGGUGUUUUCAGGAGGAUCACAGGAGCUGCAGCCUAAACGAGUGCUGCUUUUAACGGUGCCCGGGACAGAAAAUUCAGAGUCGGAUGCCGACAAAGACGCUCAGAAACAGCUGUGGGAUGACAAAAAGGAUGAUGCAUCGAAGCCCAAUACAUGUGAAGUCCCAGGAAUCAAUAUAUUUCCAUCACCAGACCAGGAGUUAAACCCAUCUGUAGUUCCAGCUGCACACAAUACCGGUGGUUCUCUGCCGGAUCUGACCAACAUCCAGUUUCCUCCUCCGCUGUCCACUCCACUCGACCCCGAGGACACCGUGUCCUUCCCCUCUCUCAGCUCRGCCAACAGCACGGGCAGCCUGACCACAAACCUCACCCACCUGGGGAUCAGUGCUGCCAGCCACGGAAUCCCCGCCUCCUCUCAGCCCACCAUGACUGUAACAGCUCAGCGCAGACAGCCACCUGUGAUGCCGCUCACCCUCACCUCUGACCUCCACCUCCAGCAGUCUCCACAGCAGCUCUCGCCCACCCUCUCCUCACCUAUAAACAUCACACAGGUUGUACCAGCAGAAACGUUAACCCUGGAACAGCAGCUUUCCCAGUACCCCCUGUUCAACCAGCUGACGCCCCAGGCCCAGGCUCAGCUCCUCAGUGAUCUCCAGAAGCAGCAGGCCCUCCCGCAGGGCAUCCAGCUGAUCGCUUUGCCAACCCCGGCCUCGUCUGGGACAGCUACAGCAAGCAGCCCCUCCCCGGACAGCCAGACCACCGCCAGCAUGAGCAUCAGUUCGUACCGCAAUCAGACUGGCUCACCAGCCACUCAGUCUCCAACCUCCCCAGUCUCCAAUCAAGGAUUCUCCCCCGGAGGCUCGCCUCAACACAUUCCUGUGGUGGGCAGCAUUUUUGGUGACUCCUUCUAUGAACAGCAGCUGGCGUCGAGGCAGACCAACGCGCUUUCCCACCAGCUCGAGCAGUUCAACAUGAUCGAAAGUCCCAUCAGCUCCUCCAGCCUGUUCAACCAGUGCUCCACCCUCAACUACACACAGGCAGCCAUGAUGGGCCUCACUGGGAGCAGCCUACAGGACUCACAGCAGCUCAACUACAGCAGCCAUGGCAACAUCCCAAACAUCAUCCUAACAGUCACAGGUGAAUCUCCGCCAAGUCUCUCCAAAGAGCUGACCAACUCUCUGGUGGGCGUUGGUGACGUGAGCUUUGACGCAGACUCUCAGUUUCCUCUGGACGAGCUGAAGAUCGACCCGCUCACUCUGGACGGACUGCACAUGCUCAACGACCCCGACAUGGUGCUGACCGACCCCGCCACCGAGGACACGUUCAGGAUGGACAGACUGUAACACGACGAGCUGACUGACGUUCGGAGCUAAGUGAGAAGAUGGGGGAAAAAAAAUAACACACACUAACUUGUGAAUGAAGAGAAAUUAAGGGCCGGAUGAACCCUCUCCCUUGUUGCAUGGCUGUCCAGGUGUUUGACCCUUCGAAACGAAUCUCCACCAUAAGACGACGAGUAAAAAGACCCCCAGUGGCUCGCCAUGGAAUGGCCUCGCUGUCGUUUUGAAGAAAAAUGGUCGCUCAGCGCUUUUGCUAGCCUACUGUGUUUACAGUGUUCCAUUAAUUGCCACAUAUUACGAAAACACACAUUUGAUAGCUUUUUUCAUAUCCACAUUUCUUUUAUUCACAUUUGCUUGUAGCAGAAAGCUGCUAAAACACUGAGUUGAAUCAUUUUUAUGGCUAUGUCUAAAAGAGGGAGAAAAAAAAACAACAACAACGUAGCCGGUUUCGCUCGCUGCCCCGCGAUGAAAUUCCAUCACAGAGUAACAACUUUCUAUUUCAUGCUCAAAGCUUUAUUUUUGACAACCAAAUGUUAUUUUCAUCUUGUACUGUAUGUUUUUAAUGCUUCACAUAUUUAUAUGUUUAUUUAUUUAUUUGUUUAAAGAUUUUUUUAUAUUUCGUUUCAUAACUUAAAUUUUGAUGCCAAAACAUCUGUAAGAGUAGUGUAAGAUUUCACUGGUGUAAUUGUGUUUAUUAUUACCAACGUACUUYUAUGUGUUUUUUGUAAGCUUUACUUGGUUAACGAAGGAGUGUAAAACGUCCCCCAUAGUUGCUCUUCGGUGUUCGAUGUGCCAUUCUCGGAUGUUGAUGUGCUGCAGCUCUUAACGGGCAAAUCCAAAUCUCAGUUUUUUUUUUCGCGUCACUUCAGAAAAAGUUGCGUGCUCAAGAAGUUGAUUAACGUUAUGCUACCGGAAUUAACGCUUUCUGGAAAAAAGUAAUCAGGUAUUUUUAUUUAACCAGAACAAAGAGAAUAGCAUCUAAAUUAAUUUCUGCCAAUUCAAAGCUAAAAUGCAUAUUUAUUUAUUUAUUUAUUUAUUUAUUUAUUUAUUUAUUUAGAAACCGCCUUUCCUUGGGAAGAAGGCAGUUGCUUUUAAACCAGAAAACACUAAAAUCUUAAUGUUUUUUAGGUCGUCACUGUGAAAUCACCUGAUUUUGCCUUACAGUAAAAUUCUACUGUUCUACGUAAGUGUUUGGUGUAACAGCGUAUUUUCCUAACUUUCCUGUAUUUAAGGGAAACUUUUAGUCUCUGUGCUUUUGUUACGUGAGGUUUGACAAAUCAGUGUACUGUAUUUUGUAGCGGUACAGUCUAUAGCCAAAUUGUUGUUUUUUUGUUUUGUUUUGUUUAUUGAAGUGGAGCAACAGCAAAAUGGAAAAAAAUAAAAGAUGUUGAGGCGGAUUUAAAGUAUUUAAAGAGGGCAAUUAUGGGGAAGCUUUUUGCUCCUUUGCAGGGAGUCUGACAAAAAUGCAAGUAACCUUUUAAUGUAGUUAUUGCUUAUUAAAUGAGCCGUUAACAGGUUAUUUGGAUCAUCUGGUGCAAUCUUAAGACUUUAAAGAAGAGUUUAUUUAAAAGAAAUCACAGUAUUGGAGAAUGUCUAUAAACAAAAGUUCACUUUAAGAAAAGAUAWAAGUUUAUUUUUUGUUAUGUGCAUUAAGAUUUGCCUCUUUGUUCAGUUUUGUAAGCAACACUAACGGCCAAAAAGCAGGAAAAUCACCAACUUACAAACCAAAACUGUUUACACACAAUCGUCUUAAUGACCUGAUCUUCGUCAUUCAAAUUUUAAAACUCYCAAAACUUCAGUAACUUCACUCUGUGCCAAAAAAAAAUUGCUAAAAGAAAAAAAAUCUGCCUCAGCCUUUUUGUCAGAGUUUCCCUGAGAGGCUUGUGUAGUUAACGUGGGAUCAUUUAUGGUAUACUGUAAUAUUUGUGUGCACAUGUACUAAUAUUUUUACUUUGCUAAAGCGCUGAUGGGGAAGCCUCUUGGAUGGGAUCCAGUUAUGUUUUUUUUUUAUGUUUUGUACCUCCUGCAGUUUGUUUGGGUUGAAGCGUUCACUGUUUGCUGCAGCGGCUUCAUCAGCGGUUUUGUUUGCCUUCGAUACACCUGUGGUUCCUAUGCAAAUGAGAUGACAAAAUUAAACAGAAAAAAAAAUAAUAUUCUUAAAGAAAAAAUCCAACAUUGUUCACAAAAUCUGCUGGAUUUAUUCUUGUUAAACUGUUAAUGAAAAAAAGGUGUUUUUAUAGCUAAACCCUGCAUGUUGCUCAGAAAUGUAACCUCAUAUGAGAACUACAAAAACAAACAAAAAAGAUGUGCUGCCAUUAUGGGCUACUUUUCUUUUUAUUUAAUGUCACUUUGAUGGCAUUUUGUAUCGUGGAAGUUAUCUGUAGUGUGCCACAUUAUUGCUCAACUAAUAGAUUUAUUGUAGAAAAUGUAAAGUAGAUGAUGAGUGCAGGAUGUUGAGCGUUGUGGUGGCGAUAUGACAAUCAGUGACUGGAAUUCUGCUUUUUUCUUUUCCGUUAGUGAACGAAGAUAAAUCCAGCUGUUCUUAGAUGUUUGACCUUUUUAAUUUUCCUAAUUUGUUCUGUUUUUACAAAUCCUUUCCCCAAAAUGGUAUUUUAAAACUUAAAAAAAAAAUGAAGAUUAGUGAUGCAGAAACGCAUCAAAAAUAGCCCAAAGUGUACAAUACUUCACCCGUUACUGAAUCCCCAUCAGUUUUGUUGGAUUUUUUCUUUAAGUCUCUGAAAAAUAUCUGCAGAUUUUUGUUUGUUUACAAAAGGUUUUUUGUACCUUCGAGAGAGGGAGAGAGAGAAAAAAAGAGAACAGCGUUCUGUUCAGACUUUACCGUUGUGUUGCCGGCGGUUGGAGCUUUCCUGUCAUUUCCUUUCUCUCAUCCUCGCUGAAGACGAGUUCAGACUCUGUACAUACUAUAGCUGAAACAAAAUGCAUGACUACGCUGACAGUCCAGACCUCUAAACGAAGGCCUUCUAUAGCUCUGCAGGUUUGAUUUGUGUAACAUAAACACUAUCACCAAGUCUAAAGGGAUGCAUGUGUGGGUUUCUCCUGUGCAACAGUGAACUCCUGUUAAUUGACUCCGUUACCUCCGUCUCUGUACAAUGCUACUUCACGAAUGAUAAAAGAAUGUAACUUCUCUUGUCCUAGUUUUAGCCAAAUGAGCCAAAGUUCGGUGCGUCUGGUCKCGUUACGGUCGGACCAGGCUUCCUCGCUCGGCUCUGCAGUCCCCUGGCCCCUCCUCCUCCUCCUCUGAAGAAACAGACUGUUGCUCGUUCCGCUCUUCUUCCUACUGUAGCAUCUCUGCGUACCAUGGAAACCAUUUCAUUAAAAAAAAAAAGACCCUGCAGCCGAUUCGGUCCCUCCUCUGCCAGCUCAACCUGUUGUCUUUCCUGACUACAAACAGAAGGCCCUGUCAUGUAACGGCUGCAGUUCGGCACGUGCACUGAUUGUUUGCAUUUGUGGACCUUUAAACCCUCUGCAUUAUGCAGUCAACUGCAUGACAUGACAGACACAUUCAACAGGUUCUUAUCUCAUGUUAUGUACAGGAUCUUGCUAUGCUCAAGUGGAGUGUGUUUUAAGACAGAUGUGAUUUUUUUUUUCUUUCUGUUUUUGCCUAUCAUGUCAGGUUCUGGGUUGGGUAAAGUGAACUGCUUGGUUGAUUAUUUUUUUUCCUUCCCCUGUUUUUUUGUGCAAUGUUUAGUCCACUUGUUGCUUUGCACUUUACUUGUGACUCCCCGGCGUUUGAGCGGGGACGGCUCUGCCCGAUGUGAAUGCUGACUGUUUCAACACCAGAUAUAUUGUGAUGUAUACAAACAGAUGGAUUCUCUAUUUUGUUUUGUAAACUAUACUGUGGCUUA